CUCAAGCAAGGUUUGAUUAUACAUAAUUUUUUAAUACAAUUCUGAAAAGAAUGUGUUUCGAAGUGAUAACCAUGAACAACGAAUUCUCGAAGUCAAGUAAUUAAGAUAGCUAGUAUGAAGAAGCUAACUGAAGAAUGGAAAGUCAAAAAACGAAAGACUGGAAAUAGAAGUUUUAAAGAAUUGAUUGACUUUAACUUCUCAAAUGCUGAAGACAGAGAAAAAACACCUGUCAGGAAAGGUGCUUUCAAACCGAAAAGCAUUAUUGAUGCCACAAAUGUUUCAAAGUUGCAGGAUGCAGCUCAAAAUGAAAAUGGCUUUGGUACACUCCGACGUUCUAUUAGGCUGCAUAAUAAAACUAUUGAGAAGCGGGAGGAGAAAUCAGAUAUGCCUAUUGAGAAAAAUGAAAAAUCUUCUAGUGGUGCCAGUAUAAUAAACAUAGUUGAUGAAAACUGUGUUAAUGAAGGUAAAGGAAUUAUGGAAAAGGUGUACAGUUUAUCUCAGUGGGGCUUACCUUUGUCCAUUGUGGAAGCUUACAAAUCUCGGAAUAUCAGUAAAAUGUUCCAGUGGCAGUAUGAAUGUUUGUGCAUGAAGGAUGUUCUGGAUGGAAGGAACUUGGUCUUCUCUGCCCCUACUAGUGCAGGAAAAACUUUGGUUGCUGAAAUACUGAUGUUAAAAAAUGUAAUUGAAACUGGGAAAAAAGCCAUCAUGAUACUACCUUUUGUUUCUGUUGUCCGAGAGAAAGUACAUUAUUUUCAGGAAAUGUUCCAAAACGCUGGCAUUAUUGUUGAUGGUUAUAUGGGUGCUCACAACCCUGCUGGAGGUUUUAAAGCUGUCGAUGUCGCUAUUUGUACCAUAGAGAAAGCAAAUAACCUGAUCAAUAGAUUAAUGGAAGAGAAGAGAUUAAAUGAGUUAGGUAUUCUUGUAGUAGAUGAACUUCACAUGUUAGGAGAUCACAGCAGAGGUUAUCUUUUAGAACUCCUGCUUACUAAAUUACUUUAUAAUUGUAAACAAAAUAAUGUUACAGUACAGAUUAUUGGCAUGAGUGCAACCUUGCCCAACUUAAAAGUCCUUUCAACUUGGCUGGAUGCAGAAUUGUACUGUACCGACUUUAGACCCGUACCUCUCCUGGAAACAUUUAAAAUCGGCCCUGUUGUGUAUGAUGCUAGGUCAAAAGAACCUAUUCGGGACCUUAGGAAAAACAGUGCUACUUUCUCUGAUGAUGUGGAUCAUAUCACCUAUCUUAGUAUUGAAACCAUAACUGCUGGACAUGGUGUAUUAAUAUUUUGCCCUUCUAAAAAUUGGUGUGAAAAUCUUGCCACAACAAUUGCUAAGGAAAUCUAUACGAUUGGAAAGCCAAAUGCUAUAUCAAAUGGCAAUGCUGAAUACAAAAUCAUUGGUGAAAAAUUAAGAGAGCACUUAAAUGGUUCUCAACUAAACGAUGUAAUUCUGCAACUCAAGAAUUCACCUUCCGGUUUGGAUUCUGUUCUAGGAUUAACUGUACCUUUCGGAGUUGCUUUUCAUCAUGCAGGAUUAACUUUUGAUGAAAGAGAUAUUGUUGAAGGAGCAUUUAGGCAAGGUAUUAUAAAAAUUCUUGUGGCCACUUCUACUCUAUCAUCAGGAGUAAAUCUUCCUGCCAGACGAGUAAUUAUACGUUCACCACUGUUCUGUGGGGCUGUUAUUGAUGUACUUAGUUACAAGCAAAUGGUAGGAAGAGCUGGCAGAAAGGGAAUUGAUGAUAAAGGUGAAAGUAUUUUACUAUGCAAAGAAUCUGAAAAGAAUGCUGCUUUGACUUUAGUGAAUUCUAACCUCCCUCCUGUAAAAUCUUGCCUAUUGAAAUCUGGAUCUAGUUCUGUGCAUUCUAGUUUAAAAAGAGCUCUUAUUGAGGUUAUUGCUAGUGGUGUUGCAAGUUCACAGAAGGAAGUCCAACAUUAUAUUUCUUGUACAUUAUUGUAUGCUUCGAUUGCAAAUGAAAAUAACGCAUCAGGAAACAAUGUGGAGAGUUCCAUUGAAAAGUGCAUUGAAUAUCUUGUGGAUAAUGAUAUAAUUUUCAAAAAUCAAGAGACUGUGGAUGACAGCAUUGAAAUAAGCUACAAACCUACUCGACUUGGCUUAGCAAUACUUGCUUCUGGUUUUUCUCCAGACGAUGCACUUCGAAUUCUUAAAGAGUUGCAGUUAGCUCGUCGUUGCUUUGUCUUGGAAAAUGAUUUGCAUAUUCUGUAUGAAGUUACCCCUCCAUAUUUAAGUGAUCAAAUGGGAGCUUUGAACUGGAUGCAUUUUUUGUCACUAUGGGAGGAACUUCCUGAAGAAUUCAAGAGAGUUGGUGAGUUGGUUGGAGUUCAGGAAAAUUUCAUUGGAUUAGGCAUACAGGGAAAACUAAGUAAAAACUCCCACAAAUUUUUCCACAAACUUGCUGUUCAUCAGAGAUUUUAUUCAGCUCUUGCUCUGAACGAUCUUAUUCAGGAGGUGCCUUUGUCUGCAGUGGCUGAGAGAUAUGGCUGCACACGUGGAAUACUGCAAUCACUGCAACAGACCACCUCUACGUUUGCCGGUAUGCUUACUAUAUUUUGUAAUCGACUGGGAUGGUACAAUCUAGAGCUGCUUUUUUCAUCCUUUCAAAAGCGAGUCCACUUUGGUAUUCAACAGGAGUUGUGUGAUCUGGUUCGUCUUUCAACUUUAAAUGCUCAGAGGGCCAGAGCCCUUUAUAAUGCUGGAUUUGAGACCAUUUCAUCUCUUGCUAGUGCUGAGCUAGAUGAAUUAGCUCUGGUUCUCUGUAAUAUGGGAUCAUUUGAAAGUGCAAAGCAAUUUGAAGGUGAUCUUGCAAAAGAAAUUCUUGAGCGCUCCAAAGCCAAGCGUAUCAGAAUCACAGGGAAGAAAGGUGUGAAUGAAAAAGAAGCUGCGCAUCUCAUCAUUGAAGAAGCGCGGAAUUUCAUAAAACAAGAGUUGGGGAUUAGUAAAGUAUCUUGGAAGCAUUUAGCUACUAAAAAAUUCAAAGGUGAUUUCGAUUCAAACAAUAGUGAUGAUGAAAAUGCCAGCAAAUGCUCUCAAAAGGAAAGCGUGAAUCACCUGAUAUCAGUGCCUCUAGAUCAGGAUAAUUAUCCUAAAAUUGUGAGGGAAAUGUUUGCUGAAGAAACUUCCAAUAGUCAUGAAGAUCGUACUUGUGCAACUCAAAAUGCAGUCAAGAUUGUUAAAGCUUCAUCUGAGUCAAAUAAUGAUGAUGGAAUGAUGAACAGUUCUGUACAUGAUAGUGCAUCUCAAAAUGCAAAUAUAGAUCUAACCAAAAAUAUUAUUUGUUUAUCUAAUGAUUCAGUGCUGCACUCACUAGAAAAUCAUGUCGAAUCAGAAGAAAUGAGUGAGAUUUCAAAAUCAAACAACACUGAAUUUCAUCCCAAAGGUACUUUAAAAUGCGUAAAUCCGUGUCGCGCUCUAUCCGAAACUUCUUCAGAAAAAGAAAAUUUAUGCACCCAUAGUAAGAAUGAGCCUUUGCUUUUUGAUGCUGCAAAAAUAGAUUUGCAAAAAGAAAAUAUGAGCAACCAUGCUAAAGUGAGUAAUGAAAAGUUUGAUUCUCUGGAUAUGCUUGAUGAUGUGCAUUUUAGUGAACUGCUUUUAUCACAAACCGCUGAAACUGAGAAUGUUUAUUUUGCUGAAUCAUUUAUUUCUGAUUUAGGAACUGCCAAUAUAAAUGUAUCAGGCAGAUUCGAUACAAAGAAUAAUGAAAUGAGCAUGAAAAAUGGCUCCUCUUCUCCCAGUUUUUCUAAAAACAAAAUUUCUGAUGAGGAGUGUCUUCAAGGUCUGUUAAACGAAUCAAACAUAUUUAAAUCAGAUUGCACUUUCUCCCUAUAUUUACAUAAUUUAUCGGACGUAAAGGAGGGAAAUAAGAAAAAUGUAUCAAUGAAUGUAAAUCAAAUGAAACAAAGUAUUCAGAAGCAGCUGUCUAAUGAUAAAAUACUAAAUGAUCAUGAAAUUUUAAAAAAUUCUGAAUUAAAUGCGCAUAAUCAUAGUACACCAAUAAAUCAUCAGAAAAUUAAAAGAAAUAACUCUCAUUAUAAAAAAGAAUUAUCCAUUGAUGAAACUAGUGGAGAUAUCUUCUAUUCAGAUGGAAGUUUUAAUCAGGAUUGUUUGGAAGCAAAAUCUAAUAAAGACUUAGACAGUGGUAAUUUACAAUGCAAAGAAGAUAAUAUUCGUUUAGAGACGGAAACAAGUGGUGACAUAUUUGAUGAUGACAGCUUUAGUGAUGUGAAAGAAAUGCAUAUUUCACCUAGUGUCAAUCCAGCCAUACAAAAACAAAAUUUAAAGCUGAAGGAGCCAGUUUCUGUUUUGCUUGAAAGUGGGGCAAUUUCAAAUGCAUUUUUAUUUAAUGGAAAUAAUUCUUCAGAGGUGAAUAAUUAUAGCGAUACAAAAAUUCAAACGUGGACCCUGAAUUGCAAAAUUCUAGAAGAAACAUGUGAGGAAAAUUCGGUGUCCGAGUCGGUCAAAGAAAUUUAUAAAAAUAAGGAGCAUGGUUUAUCUGCUGAAAAUAAUAAAACCUGGAAAAUUGAAGAAGAAUCAAAUUUCUGGAAGCCAUGGGAUCCUUCUAAUAAUAGCUUGAAUCUAUCAAACAAGUCCCAAAAUAGUGAAACUCUAUCAAAAAAUAUAGUGAACAACAAAGAAAACGUUAAUCGGUGCAAAUCUGAAGCUGGACAAUCUGAAUCUGCGGAAGACAAACUGAUUGGAUCCGUGGAUAAUACAGAUCAACGAUCAGUAUCUGUAGAUGAUCUGGAUUCUGCUGACAACAGCCUUUUUGAUAGUUUCACUUCAGAUGUUUUGCCACCUACUCCAACGCCUGACAUUGCUGUAAAAACUUGCAUUUCUUUGCAUAAAGCGGCAAAUGAUUCUGAAAGCCAAAGUUUUCAUGCCACUAAUUUUCAAAAAUCUAAAAAGGAUGACAUCUUGGCAGAUGAUAAGGGUGUUCCUAAAUUAUUCAGCGCUCAAGAUAAAAUUACAUUUAAGACUUUGGAUGUUCCAGAUGCUGAACUAGCGGCAUUUUUCAAAAGAAUAGCAAAAAUGAAAAGAAUUUCUUUUUCAGUUGCUUGUGAAAGAACUUCCUUUAAUCACAAGAGUAUUGGUCCUCCCAGAAGUGCAAAGAAUUCAAUGAUUAAAAAUGACAAAUGUAUUGUUGAUCAAGAGAAAGCUGUUGUAGGAUUAGCAGUUUGCUAUGGGGAAGAUGCUUUCUACAUUACUAUAUCAGAUCAACUGAGUGCAGACAAAGCCUUUACUUAUCUACCAUUUCCUGAGAAAAUGAAAUUAAUUCAAGAAUUUUUCUGCAAUCUACUGCAAUGUGAGACACUUGUUGCCUAUGACAUGAAGACUCAGUAUAAAAUGCUGUGGCAAGGAUGUGGAAUAUCACUUAAACAGAAUUGCGUGGAUCCUUCUGUUGCUGCUUGGCUUUUAGAUCCUGCUUUGGGUCAACCAUCUUUAAAGUUACUAUCUCACAGUUUCUGUCCCGAGGCAGUGCCUCUUCUUCAAAAUUUUGAUAAUUAUCAAGGAAGUUUAGGAAUGCAAUAUUUCAGUUCCACUCCAGGGAAGCAAAGAGCUUCAACUGAAGCUUUUGUUGUGUUUCAUCUCAUAGACAGACUUCUUGUCACGCUGAAAGAUCAAGAGCUCUAUAAGGCUUUCACUAAUAUAGAAAUGCCUUCAAUUAUUGCAUUUGCUAAAAUGGAACAAAAUGGUUUGGGAUUUAAUACAACUCUUGCAGUUAAAUAUCAGAAAGAAUUACAAAAGAAGCAACAAGACAUUUUAGAGAAAGCAUAUGAAAUGGCUGGGAGACGUUUCAACAUUUUAUCUUCAAAGGAAGUUUCAAGAAUUUUAUACAAAGAGCUGAAAUUGAAUCCAGGCAUAACUCCUGGCAGCCCAUCAACUCGCCGACUGCUUUCUGUUGGAACUCCGAAUCACAACAGACGACUUCCCCCUGAGCUGAAAACAAACAAAGAAUGCUUAGAAAAAAUUUUGCACUUGCAUCCUCUUCCUAAAGCCAUUUUAGACUGGAGAAGAUUGUCGUUCGCUACCACUAAGGCACUGUUGCCAUUGUUGAGGAAAAAUAGAAAAGAUUCCUUUUUCGACAUGGAUCGUUUGUAUGCCACUUGCUAUGUUUAUACUUUGACCGGCCGAGUCAAUGUCCACAGUCCGAACCUGCAGUUCAUCCCGAGGGAUUUCAGUGUAGACUGCACUCUGCAGGAUGAGGAUGAGGACCAAUGCACUCAUGAGGUCAUGUCACAGUUUGGAGUUAGUCUGAGAAACUUAUUUAUCCCCAGCACAGGUAACGUUUUGCUGUCUGUUGAUUACUCACAGCUAGAACUUCGAAUUCUAGCACAUCUUUCUGGUGAUAAGAAAUUGAUCAAGUCAUUGAAUUCUGGCACUGACGUAUUCAAAACAAUUGCAGCAAACUGGAAGAACAUUCCAGUAGAAUCGGUUUCUAGUGAGCUAAGGCAACAAACCAAAAAAAUUUGUUAUGGUAUGAUAUAUGGAAUAUCAGUCCACACUUUAUCCCAGCAACUCAACACAACAGAGGAAAAUGCCUCUAAGUUUAUGGAAACAUUCAAGAAUUCUUACCCCAGCUUAACCGCAUACUUUCAGUCGGUUAUAGACGGGUGUUCCACUCAUGGCUAUGUUUCUACUCUCAUGCAUCGCCGUCGCUAUCUGCCUCUCAUCAAAAGCAAGAAGAGGUCGGAGAGGGCCCAAGCAGAGCGUCAGGCGAUCAAUACGACAAUCCAGGGAUCGGCUGCAGACUUGAUCAAGGCAGCAAUGAUAAAGAUAGAGAACGAUCUUCUGGCUGCGUUUCCUGAAACAUCGACGCCUUAUUCUUCCAUUCAAAAUCCCGGUAUUCGUGGCAGCCAUUUGAAAAGACUGUGCAGAGGUGGUUUUUUGGUUUUGCAGAUGCACGAUGAAUUGAUAUAUGAAGUGAACAGGAAUGACUUAAAAGAAGUUCUUAAAAUUGUGAAGAAUGCAAUGGAGAAAACAACAAAAUUGAGUGUAAAAUUGCUGGUGAAAAUUCGGACAGGCACAUCUUGGGGAGAAAUGGUGGAAAUGUCCUGACAUAUUUAUUGAUGAUUUAAUGAAAGCGAUUCAUUUAGCAUUUAAAAUGAAUUUAUAAGACCCACAUUUAUAUUUUACUUUUGAGAGUAGAGUUAUUUAUUAGCAAAUGUUGAGUAUGCAAUAAUUUUAUUUAUUUAUGUUUUAUUUAAA